AACAAAAUAGGAAAAUUAUAAGGUCCUCUUUCUAUGUUUCAAAAUAAAAGGGUCCCUUUCUCUUUUAUGAAAGCCAAACCGGUCACAUAAGGGUAGUUAGCUGAGAGAGAUAUAUAAAUAUGAUUGCAAGGUAUAGUUGUGGAUAUAACUAAGUAUAAGAAAUAUUUUUAUUAAUUCCAUAUAUAGAGGUAUAAAAAUCAUGGGAAGUUUGGAAUUCCAAAGAGAUAUCAAAAUCAUGGGAAGUGUGGAGAAAGACCUAAAGAAUAUGAGGGAGUAUUUUAGGAGUGGAAUAACAAAAGAAGCUUCAUGGAGAGAAUCACAACUAAAAGGAUUGCGUCGUUUCUUAAUGGAAAAAGAGAAUGAUAUCUUCAUGGCACUCAUGCAAGAUUUAGGGAAACAUCGUAUUGAAGCUUUUAGAGAUGAGAUAGGAACUUUAGUGAAGACCUUAAAUCUCGCAAUAAAGUCUCUGAAAGAUUGGAUGUCAAGCAAGAAGGCUCCACUACCAGCAAUAGCAUUGCUUUCAAGUGCAGAAAUUAUUCAUGAACCUCUUGGUCUUGUCCUCAUUAUUUCAUCUUGGAAUUUCCCAUUUGGAGUGUCCUUGGAGCCACUAAUAGGAGCAAUAACUGCUGGAAACGCAGCAGUAUUAAAACCUUCAGAGUUGUCUCCUGUAUGUUCCUCUUUACUUGCUUCUGGCAUUGCAACUUACCUGGACAAUAAAGCCAUUAAGGUUAUAGAAGGGGGGCCAGAGGAAUCAGAGCAAUUGUUACAACAAAGAUGGGACAAAAUCUUUUUUACAGGUAGUGGACGAGUGGGGCGCAUUGUGAUGUCUGCAGCUGCCAAACACUUGACCCCUGUAACACUGGAGUUGGGUGGAAAAUGUCCUGCUGUUGUGGACUCCCUUACAUCUUCUUGGGAUUUAGAGGUGACUGUGAAGCGGAUUAUUGUGGGAAAAUAUGGAACUUGUGCUGGUCAAGCAUGCAUAGCAAUUGACUAUGUCCUUGUGGAAAAGAGUUACUAUCCAAAACUGGUUGAAUUGAUGAAGGUGUGGAUCAAGAAAAUGUUUGGAGACAACCCAAAACAUUCCAACACUAUAGCAAGGAUAGUUAAUAAACACCAUUUAAGUAGAUUGAAGCAACUUCUUAAUGAUAAAAAGGUUCAAGAAUCUGUGGUUUAUGGUGGCUCAGUGGAUGAAGAAAACUUAUUUAUUGAGCCAACAAUCUUGGUGGAUCCACCACUUGAUUCAACAAUAAUGAUAGAUGAAGUUUUUGGUCCAUUACUUCCAAUUAUUACUGUUGAUAAGAUUGAGGACAGUAUUGAAUUCAUAAGCUCUAGGCCUAAACCUCUAGCCCUUUAUGUUUUCUCCAAAAACAAAACAUUGCAGAACAGAAUGAUAUCUGAAACAUCAUCUGGAAGUGUUACAUUCAAUGAUGCAAUUCUACAAUAUGCAGCAGAUUCUCUACCAUUUGGAGGAGUAGGUGCAAGUGGAUUUGGCAUGUACCAUGGAAAAUUCUCCUUUGACACAUUCAGUCACCAGAAGGCUAUUGUUAGAAGAAGUUUCUUAACUGAUUUUUGGUAUAGAUAUCCACCAUGGACAGCAAAUAAGUUUCAACUACUUGAGGUCUCUUACAAUUAUGAUUAUCUGGGAUUGGUCCUUGUUAUUCUUGGAUUAAAGAGACCUUCAAAACGCCAGAUCAUACGUUGUUAGUUCGCCAUUCCUUUGGCAAAGGCCCUACAGCUCUGAGUAACUAAAGAAAGGCAUAAGUCCCACGAAACACUGAUGGGGACGAUAUUGGACCCCAGGUUGGGCACGAGAUUUAUUAAAAUUAAUCAGCUGUUAAGAGUGCUUAUUAUAUAUCUACAAUACAUUAAUAUUUAUUGGUUAAUGUAUUCAAUUAUAUAGCUUGAUAUGUUUUUUGUGUGUAUAACUAUAAACUACUAUUCCAGACUAAUUAUGUGUUUAAUUGUUUUAUCAUUUAUAUGUUGGAACAAAGAGCAUAAUAUUGUGUGAAUUGAAAAUAAAAUAAAAUGUUUGAGUCCCA